AUGUCGAAGCACACAGUCAAUACAGACCAACAGCGACAUAUUCAGUAUAACACAGAUGUUCAACCAGAACAAUGGCAAUAUUUUAUCGGCGAUGUAUUUGACACAGGCGAUUUGAAAAAUGACAAAUAUCCGUUAGUCGACGAUGAGCCCAAGUACGAUCCUUCAAUCCAUCUGAAUAUUGUUGAACCAGAAUUCGUAGUCUUGUUAAACAACAAUUUUCAACGUGUCAAGCAUGCUCCAGCAAUUGAUUUUGAGCAGGGAGUUUACAAGAGUCAAGUAGCAUAUACUGCACCGUUUCGUAUUCUCAGUGACGAAGGCUAUAAGGUGUUGAAAUCGAUAAUCAAACGAGAAUUCAUCAACUGUGAAGGCGAUCAAAGACAGCCGAAUCGGAUUCGUCACAUUGGAUAUCGAUCGAAAUGGAUAAGAGACUUCAAUCGUUGUCCAAUUGUCCUUGAGUUUCUGACAAAAUUGUGCGGAAGCAAUGAACCCCUGAUGGCAACGACGUUGAAAUCAAGUUAUAGUCACACAAAUAUUGGUCUUGUUGAUCCAACGAAAAACAUUGAUCAGUGGCAUGUAGACAGUGUCCCGUAUGUAAUCAUAAUUCUCGCGUGCGAUAUGACAAAUACGAUUGGUGGCGAACUGCAGUUGAUCGAACGAGAAAAGCAAGAGGCACUGAAACUGAUCGCUGAAUAUAAUGGCGAGAUCCCUGAUGAAUACGUGCAAAAUAUUGAUUUUGGUGGAGCCGGUUCGGUGAUAUUCAUGCAAGGCUGUGAAAUUGCUCAUCGCGUAAAACCAGUUUUAGCCGGCACUGAACCUCGGCUUACCGUCGUUAAUUCGUACAUGUCACGAAACCCAUUUGUCACGGAGAAAACUCGUUACAACACAUUUGUGUACGAACCCACUUGUGAUUACGAAUUUACACUGCAUAAAGCGUGGCGUGCACGAGAACAGUUGAAAGCAUUGAUGAUGUACGAUAAAGACUGGCCUUCGAAAGAGAACUUGAUCAAGCGAUUGAAUCUGGUUAUCAAUGAGCUGGUAGACUGCCGAGAUCUCCUGAAUGGUACAGCAACAGAUGCAAUCGGCUUUUAUGACGCAAAGAAAAAAGGAAUGAGUGCGUACGAUGAUACCAAUUUCAAAGUAGAAAAAAAGGUAGUAAAUAUACAAGAAACAGGCAUGUAA